AUGCUCAGCCGCCCGAACGGCGAGCUCACGAGGGCCGGCCAGUAUUACUACCAACUGAUCGACCGGGCCCGAACGAUUACAUCAUGGAAGAGCUUCUUCAAGGACAAGUGGGUGGACUGGGUGGUGCACGUGCCCGUCAUCAUCCGCGGCAUCCGGCGAAACGGCCGGAACCGCGGCAUGCCCUACGAGCGCACGAAGCGCCUGCCCGUCACGGACCUCAACGUCACACUGCCCCGGCAGAGCGAGGGGCUCUCGGAUGCCCAAGCGGCCCGGAACCUCAAGGCGUCCGCGCUCGCGCAGCUCGGGAACCCCGAGCCGAACGACAUUAUUUGGGAGCUGUCCGACGAGACCUACUACCUGGACGCAACGAGGGAGUGGACCUUCAGCCAGCAGGCCAUGCAGGUCGUAGACGACCGGGUGGUGGUGGAGACCGUCCUGGAUCAGCCCCUGGGGCUCUGCGGGACGUCUCCUACCAGCUGUACUGCGGCCCCGAUGUUCUACGUGGACUGCCAGGGCCGCCUGCUGGACAAGUACGAGCCUACCGUCAAGGAGCAGCGGGCCGUGGCCUUCACGAGCUGGAACUGCCACGCCUUCUUCUACAAAUCCGCCCGCACCGUCGCGAAGUGCGAGCCGAUCGGGGAGCGGGCCAGGUACCGGGGCGAGAGGAAGCCAGGCGAAACGCCCGAGUUCAAGGAUUGGCGGGAGUGGGAGGGCGAGGUCGCCAGCGGUCAUUUCUACACUGAAGACCUGGAGCAGGUCCGGAGGGAGCUCCUGGCCGAGGGGCACUGCCCGAAGGUGGUCAUGCGAAGCAUGAGCGAGUGGCGGUGCCUGCGGCUGAGGGUGCGGGGCGGCGAGGACUGCGUCAUCUCCGCCUUCCACGAAGACCUGGAUGUGCUGCAGGCCUGGAUGGGGCGGCUGGGGCUCCCCUAUUGCGGGCAGCGUCUGGCGGGCGCCGCGAGCGAGGUCUUCCUUCACCUUCUCAAGGCCCGCCGCGAUCCGCCCGGAUCUCGGCAAGCCCUGCUCGCGGAGCAGGACCACCAGUGCAAGCUCUGCACUGUGGAGUGCCACCGGAACAAAACGGCCCUGGAGUCCUCGCACGCCACGACACUGGAGUCGCGCUUCAGCCGGCGGGCUUACGAGCAGUACGUGGAAUCGCCUCGACUCCCGCCGCUCGUCUUCAAGCUCAACAGCCACAAGCCGGACCACAUCUGCCACGGUAUAGACGUGGCGCGGUGCCGCAAGAACGGUCUGGCCCAUGCCAAGUUCCCCGCACCCAUCUUCUGCCCCAAGGACAACGUGGAGCAAGCCCGCGAAGGGCACCUGGCGGACCUGACCUACGUGAGGCUCCGGGAGGACGGGCGUUGGGCGGCGUUCAAGCAGCUCCCCUACGUGGGCCAGGGCUGGUACGCCAAGCCUGCGGUGGCCUAUAUGCUGGAAAAGGGCCUUGCGACAUGGAGCGACUUCGUGUACAGCCUGGACGCCACGGCGCACGUGGACCAGGAGUCCGUGGCCCAGGCCCUGCAGAAAAUGGAGGCGGCUUGGCCGGAGGGAGAGGAGCACUACGCGAAGCUGUCGGUGAAUGCCCUCAUCGGGCUGUGGGCACGCAACAUGAACCUCAUCUACACCAUGCGCACCAGCAACCACCAGUUCGACGGGUCCGGGUGCCAGCACCGGGAGCUGUUCCUGGACGCCGCGGGCGGGAUGCACUGGGAUCACAUCUACGUGACCCAGUUGUUGUCCAACCGGAGCUGCCGGCCUGUGCACGACUUCGUGAUGGCCUCGGAGUACGUCGCCGUCUCCAGAAUCCGGGAUGCACUCGCAACCGUGCCGUCGAGGUACCUGAAGGCCGUCAAAACGGACUGCGUCGUCUUCCAGGACCUGCCCAAAAAGUUCCAGGGCCUUGUGGACAGCCUGGUCCGCGAAAGGCAUCCCGACGGCACGCCCGUGUACCGAUGCGAGGAGGUCAAGGGCCUCGAAGGCCAGUAUCGGAUCCCCCGAAUCGAGGCGGAGUGGAUGUGCAACAUUGACACCUGGAAGGUCGCGGAGGACCCUGUGCUCCACUGCCUCGAGGGCGGGAGCCUGCUGCUGACCGGCUACCCGGGCACCGGGAAGACCCACCUGGCGCGCCAGAUCGUGACCGCCCUCCGGGAAGAAGGGUACAAGGUGAAGAUCAUCACGAAGACCCACUCCUCCGUGCAGAACUUUGGAAUGCAGGCGGAGACGGCCGACCACUGGGUGCGGAGCACCGUCCGGAACGGCUACUGCAACAUCGACUGGCUGGUGGUGGAGGAGAUUACGCAGCUCGACACGGGGCUGUGGAACGACGUCACCUGCGUCUCCAUGAACCGCAAGGUCAAGUUCCUGCUGCUCGGCGACUUCCGCCAGUUCCCCGCCGUCAUGGACAACUUCGCGGGCACCCCGGUGCAGCGGGAGCUCAAGCACUGCCAGCUGCUCCACGACCUCACCGACGGCUGGCACCACGAGCUCACCGAGAACAGGAGGAGCGACCCGGGCAUCUUCGACUUCCUCCGGUGGCUCCGGGUCGACGAGCCCCGGGAGCAGUCCCUGCCGGAAGCGGUCCGGGCGGCCCGGGAAAGGUUUCCGCGGCAAGGCGAGCCCGAUGUCAGCCUGGUCAUCUCCCACGCCCACCGCAUCAGGAUCAAUGCGCGGGACAACCGUCGCCUGGCCCCGCCGGAAGCUGUGACGAUCGAGUACACCGGCACUGGCCCGACGACCACCAACAUGCCGCAGACCAUGCGGGUCUGGCCCGGCCUGAAGCUCAUCGGCGUCGGCGGCCGCGUGACCAAAGGCAUCUACGUGCAUGUGGCAGAAGUGGGCCCCGAGAAGAUCGUCUUGGACGGCGGCGACUCCUUCACCCACGCCGCCCUCCUGAAACACACCCGGCUGUGCCACGCCAUCACCUACGCCUCGUGUCAAGGCCUGACGCUCGAAGGGCGGGUCUUCCUGUGCGACACCGAGAGCCCGCACUUCACCCUCAAGCACCUCUAUGUGGGGAGCAGCAGGGUCCGUCACUUCCAUCAGAAGCCCGCACUGGCCCGACAUGAGCCAUACCUGGCGCAAAUCUGCGCGCACCUUGCAUUCCCGACCGGCCAGGUCACCAGGGUCCUCCAGCGGCUGCUGGUCAGCGUCCCAGAAGUGGACUCGGGACAAAUCGACCUUGAGCUUGAUGAAGCUGUUCCCGCGGGAGGAGGUCUUGAGGCAGGACACGAAGCGACCCUCCACGUCCGACGCGGUGAGGUAGCGGCCGAAGAUUUUCGAGUCGUGGAGGCAUCGCUGGGUCAGCUGGCCCUUGAUGUCCUUCUCGAUCGCCUGCAGGUCUGCCUUGGCAGCCUCGUUCUGCUCGAGACACAGGGGGAGUCGCCGGGCUUCCGUCUCGCUGCCGUAGGGGCUGGGGUGCCACAAGAUGCGCAGCCACUCGUGGGACCGCCAGGCCUCCGCGCACACCGGGAAGAACUUGCCGCCACGCUGGUUGGUCGUAAGCUCACCGAGCUUGAGUACCGUUUUGGGCUCCAUCGCUCCUUCUUUUUUCACGACAAGAAAAAAAAUGCCGGCCACCGUCGCCACCGCGGAGCCCGUGGCUGGGAGGUAACGAGUCUUGACAACAACCCAAAAGCCAGCCCAACCAUCUGCUCCGACAUCCUGCAAUGGGACUACAAGGCCUUCGAGCCCGGGCACUUCGACAUGGUGUGGGCCUCGCCCUGUUGCACCGAGUUCAGCAUCGCACUCAAGAAGCGCCCCCGCAACCUGCCGCUCGGAGAUGCCCUGGUGCUCAAGACCCUGGAGGUCAUAGACUACCUCAAGCCUCGGUGGUGGGCCAUCGAGAACCCGAGCACCGGGCGCCUCAAAACCCGCCCCUACAUGCAAGGGCUGCACAUGGACCGGGUCACGUACUGCAAGUACGGCUUCCGCUACAAGAAGCCCACGGCCAUCUGGCACAACUUGCCCUGGACCCCCUCCCAGGGGCCCUGCCGCAAGGGCGACCGCUGCGAGGCCUUCCAAGGAACUUGUCACCCAGAGGCCGCGCAGCGAGGGCCCACCAAGGGGCGGCAGGGGAGCAACUCGCGGGACCAGCUCUACUCCAUCCCGCCUGCGCUGUGCGACGAGAUCGCCGCGAGCGCAACACUUGGGUUAAAUGGGCAAGGUGCCGGAAAGACGGUACUCCUUGUGAGCAUGAUUUUGGAGCAAUACCGGGGCUGCUUCGAGCGCAUCUAUAUCUUCUCGCCCUCGGUGGAGGUCGACUCUGCCUGGCAGCCUGUCAAGGAUUACAUCCGAGACGAGCUGGGCGUGAAUACGGACCGGGAGCAGUGCUGGUGGGAGGAUUGGGACGAGGGGGCGCUGCGGAAGAUCAUCGCGGACCAGAAGCGCAUCACCCAGAAGAGCAAGGAGCUGGGCCUCAAAAAACUGUACUCGGUCUUGGUAGUUUUGGAUGAUCAUGCCGAUAAUCCAGCUGUGCACCGCAAGACGGGAGAUGGCGUUUUGGACACUCUGUUCAUCAGGGGCAGACAUUUUUGCAUCAACACCUGGGUCUCGACCCAGAAGCUGCGUCUUAUGAGCUCCGCCGUGCGGGUCAACGUGAUGUUCUACUGCGUCUUCCGGUUGCGAAACCAACUGGAGCUGGAUGCCUUGGUGGAGGAGCUCUCUGCCAUGCUCCCGAAAGAAACCCUCUACGCCAUGUACGAGGAGGCCACCAGGGAGCCCUACAGCUUCUGGUUCGUUAACCUCCGCGCGCCCAAGGAAGACAUGUUUUGGGUGCGCUUCGACCGGAAGUUCUUGCUAAAUGGGGACGCUCCUGAGCCAGAUGGCGGCCAAGGCAUCUACGACCCCAGCCACUGGCCCCCACCAGACAGGCCCCGGCAAACCUCCGACGGCUCCAACGCCAGCGAGUUCUCGGUGCGGCCCACCCGGUUUUUCAGGCGCCGUUCUAAAAAGGGCAUGACGAGUAUCUACGUGGACUCGCGCCUCCGCGCGGAGGGCACGGACAGCAGCUUCUCCUUCGACAUCGGUGAGAGUGUGCACAUUCAAUCCGGCGCCAAACUUGCGGUGUACAAGGUCCGCGUUGCUGACGCCUUUUUGAGCACGGACCGCGGGACGUUCUUGUACUGGGAGGACACGGUCGCCGGCACCCUGCAUUACGCGGAGCUCCCGGUGGGGGCGUACACAGGGCCGCGAUUGGCUGCGUGGAUCAGCAGCAACUUCGCUUCCGCCAGCUACACCGCCGAGACAAAUGAGCUCGACGUGACCUACGACGGCGUGCGCCUCAUCCUCAACGAUGCCGAGCUCCGGCAACGCUUCCCAGGCACGGCCCCCUACCCGCCGGGCGCCUCGCCCAGCAAGCCCCUGUCCAUCAACCACCUCCUCGGCCCCAGCUACCUCACAGGCUCUGUGCAGCGCUUCGUCUUUGUGACGGUGAAUCCGUUCUCAGAACUGUACCUCAGGUGCCCAACACUGGCCAACGGGGAGACGACGGUGGGCCCGUUGGGGCACGACAUCCUCUGCAAGAUCGUCGUUUCGAAAGGCGUGGGCCACGUCAUGGAGACCGAGACGUCAGAGGGGCACUGGGUUCAGCUGCACGGGCCCAUAACCCUGCGUCAGUGGCGCUUCAAGCUCACCGACUACCAGGGCAACAUCGUGAACACUCGAGGCACCAGCAUUUCCUUUCCGGUGGUGGCCACCGAGCCCGCCGUGGCCGAGCCUCCCGCGCAGCCGGUGGUGGCCGAGCCUCCCGAGCCUGCCGAGCCUGCCGCGGUGGCCGAGCCGCCGACCGAGGUUCCUCAGGAAGCGCCCCAACCCAAACGGCGAGGGCGACCGCCAGGUUCGAAGAACAAGCCAAAGCCGCCCCCGACUGUGGCCGUGGCGGAGCUUCCGAAGCAUGCUGAGUCGCCGACACCGGAGCCGCAGCAAGAGCCCCACCAGGAGCGAGCACAAGAGCCCCCGCCUGAGCCCCAGCAACCCGUGCGUAUGACGCCCUCGGAGGCUCGCCGCGCCCGGCAGCUCUCGCGAGCCGACCGCUUCCAUGAGCUCCUGCUCGCAAACACAAUGGACUUGUAA